AUGGCGGGCGAUGAUCUACUUAAGAAGGGAAAGAAAAAGAGCACGGCUAAGGGUGGUGGUGUAGAUGCAGGUACAACUCAUGGUAAAAGUAAUGGCAAAGGUGCAGGUGUAGGAGGUUUCCAGCAUUUAGGAUUGAGUCCAUUGGUGUUUCGUGGUGUCAUGGCCAUGGGCUAUAAAGUUCCGACACCUAUUCAACGCAAGUCGUUGCCAAUUGUAUUGUCUGGUAAAGAUUGUGUAGCUAUGGCACGUACUGGCUCUGGCAAGACAGCUGCAUUUUUGAUUCCUAUGGUUGAGAAAUUGAAAGAACAUUCGACCAAGAUUGGUGUACGUGCUGUGAUACUGUCGCCCACGCGGGAGCUGGCGGUGCAGACGCUUCGCUUUGCCAAGCUAUUGUCAAAAUUCACGUCGCUGAAAUUAGCACUGAUUGUUGGUGGUGAAGGCAUGGACCAGCAGUUUGAAGCCAUUGCAGCCAACCCGGAUGUGCUGGUGGCGACCCCUGGUCGACUGAUGCAUCUUUUGCUGGAAAUUCCGGACUUUAAUUUGAAAGCUGUGGAAUAUGUGGUCUUUGAUGAAGCGGAUCGCAUUUUCGAGAUGGGAUUUGCGGAGCAAUUGCAGGAGAUUCUAAAGAACAUGCCGACUACUCGACAGACACUGCUGUUUUCGGCGACGCUUCCGAAAGCUCUAGUGCAGUUUGCACGUGCUGGUUUGAGUGAUCCGGAGCUGAUUCGUCUGGAUGUAGAGAACAAGAUCUCGGAGAAUUUGAAGAUGGCGUUCUUUACAGUGAGGUCGUUAGAUAAACCAGCGCUUUUUCUUUACAUGGUUCGAGAGUUCUUGCCCAAGGAUGACCAGACAAUUGUGUUCGCGGCUACUCGUCAUCAUGUGGAGUUUCUGCAUGCAUUGUUGGCAGCGAACCACAUUGAGGCUUCGUGUGCUUACGGCGACAUGGACCAAGCCUCACGUAAAAUUAAUCUGGGUAAAUUUCGCGCCAAGAAAACGAGUUUGCUGAUUGUGACGGAUGUUGCAGCGCGUGGUAUUGACAUUCCGCUGCUAAACAAUGUGCUAAACUAUUCCUUUCCGCCAACGGCCAAGCUGUUUGUGCAUCGUGUCGGUCGUGCAGCCCGUGCUGGUCGCAGCGGUACGGCUUUCAGCUUUGUGGACCCAGACGAAACUCCCUUUAUGGUUGACUUGCACCUGUACAUUGGGCGUCGGCUUGAGGAAUCGUCACCGGAAGAGAGUGCCGGUACGAAGCCGUACUCUCUGCAAUCUAUGACGGUUGCCGACGUGCACUACGGCGCGUUCCCGAAUGAGCUGAUUGAUCAAGAGAAUGAGGCCAUCCAGGAGAUGAUGCGCAGCCACCCGCAGGUAUCGCCACUUGUAAAGGUCUGCGAUAAUGCUUACAAGGCGUAUGCCCGUACUCGCGCUGACCCGUCGAAACUGUCCAUUCGUCGUGGUAAGGAACUGGCGGUGAAGAAGAUACACCCUCUUUUUCAGCAUGAGUUUAUACUUGACAAGAGCAAAGCCAACAAAGCUGCGUACAUUGACUCGCUUCUCUCUUUCCGCCCGCCGCAGACGAUCUUUGAGAUUGCGGCAGGCGCACAUUCUUCGGCAAAGCGCUCGUCGCCUGGUGUACAAAUGAUGGUCAAGAAGCGAAAGUUGCAUGGUAAGAUUAUCACUACUGAGACAACAAAGGCUGCAGAUAAGAUUAAAGCAAAGGAAAAGGCAGCUUCUAUUAACGCUGCGGCUGACAAGGAGGAAGCUGCUGUGGCCAGUGGCGAAGGAUUGGCAGCCAAGAGGAAGGAAGUGGACGAUACGGAUACGAUAGAUGAAGAGGCAACUCAGGCUCCAAAGAAGAAGGCGAACUUCUUAUCCAAGCACGACCGGAAACAGCUCAAGAAACGUGUAGCCGCUGGUGAGAAGGAGGAAGAUGUCAUGAAGGAGAUGGCUGCGGCUAAGGAGCAAGAAACAAACAGCACUGCAAGUAGCAAGGUUCAGGAAGAUAGUGAAGGCGCAUCGUUCAAGGAUGAUGAAAACUACAUUAGUUAUAUGAAGGAUGGAGACUACACUACCGAGGGUUUCCUGUCUAAGAAUGUCGACGGUGGCAAGGUGAACGUCUUCGCUGAGGCACGUCUGGAAGAAGCCAUCUUGGAUGUGAACCCUGACGAAGCUAUCGAAAUGAACAAAAAGCGACGCAUUCUGCACUGGGAUGUGCGCAAGAAGAAAUUUGUUAAGACCACUGCUGGCGAGUUGACUAGCCAGGGUACGCUUAAGCGCCGUAACGAGAGCGGUGUCAGUGUACGCAAGAAACAACAUGUGGGAGAGGUGUACCAUAGAUGGCAGCAAAAGCAGCACAAGCGCGUUGCUGGCGGCGGUGUUGAAGCGGACGACGAUGAUGAUGCUGGAAGUCGCAAGCAGGAUUACCGCAAUGGUAGGAAGCCGCGUGGAGGCGCAGCCAUGGCCGACCGUGGUAGCGUGAACAAGUUUGCCAAGGACGAGCUGAUGACGGAGGGCAAGAUUCGUAAGGAGGAGAAGCGCAAGGCUCGUUCACGUGGUGUCAAGGUGACCUCCGGCGUGAGAUCGAAGCGAGGUAAGGGCAACAUUAAGGGCAAAACUCACGGUGCUCCCACCAGAAGCAAAGCUAUCAUUAAGAAGCGAUAA